AUCUAAAAAAACCCCAAGAACAAAAAAAAAAAAAAAGAGCUAAUUCCCAAUCUGAAACUUUUACAAGUCGAAAUCCAAUCACAGUUUCCAGAAACGGAAGCAGUGGCUAGCUAGCAAGCCAGGAUUUUCACUAUGGUAACGGCGGCAAAACGCCAGAUCGAUUCAGGGCUUCCGAGCAGCAGCUUUCUGACGGCGCCGUUAAUGGCGGAGCCGACGCCGGAGAGGGAGGAAGAGGCGGCGGCGGGGCCUUGCUUGAUAUCUUGCACGACUUUCAAUAUUUUGGCUCCAAUCUACAAGAGGCUUGAUCAGCAGAACCAAGCUCUUCGCGAGAGCCAUUUUAGAGCGUUUUGGCUUGCCAGGAAUGAAAGAAUUUUGGAUUGGCUGCUCUAUGAGGCUUCUUCCAUUAUAUGUCUGCAGGAAUUCUGGGUUGGGAAUGAGGAACUUGUGCGUAUGUACUUGGAGAGGCUUGGUGAUGCAGGAUACGUGACUUUCAAGCUUGCAAGAACCAACAACCGUGGUGAUGGUCUGCUGACUGCUGUACGGAAGGACUACUUAAGGGUUCUAGACUAUCGCGAAUUGCUGUUUAAUGACUUUGGAGACCGUGUUGCUCAGUUGCUACACGUUCAGUUAGACGUACCGCUUUUGCAAAACCAGAAAGGCAACUUUGCACGAGAAAUUCUUGUUGUGAAUACCCACUUGUUGUUUCCUCACGACUCCAGUCUGUGUAUAGUAAGAUUGCAUCAGGUUUACAAGAUUUUGCAAUAUGUGGAAUCAUAUCAAAGAGAAAGUCAGCUCAAUCCCAUGCCUAUUAUGCUCUGCGGUGACUGGAAUGGAAGUAAACGCGGCCAUGUAUAUAAGUUCCUUAGGUCACAGGGAUUUGAAUCAACAUAUGAUACUGCUCAUAAAUAUAGUGACAAUGAUGUAGAGGCUCACCAGUGGGUCAGCCACCGGAAUCAUAGGGGAAACAUCUGCGGUGUUGAUUUCAUAUGGCUUUGCAAUCCUAAUAAAUCACGUAAGCCACUAAAGACUAGUUGGGGUGAAGCAGUUUUCAGCAUUGUAAAGUAUCAGCUCCGGAAAGCCUCAAUGACUGAAAUUGAUGCAUUCGCCUUUUUGAAGGGUGACAACCAGGGUGAUUUUAUUACGUACUCAGCCUUCGUUGAAGCACUCCGCCAGGUUAAUUUAAUUGGCGUGCCGUGUGGACUGAGUUUCCAAGAAACAAGGGAACUGUGGAUCCAAGCAGACAUCGAUGGAAAUGGUGUUGUUGACUAUGAAGAAUUUAAGCAGAGGAUCUGGAAUGCUACGUCUUCAGACCGAGAUCGGCUAGAGGAGGACUACAAUGGGAAUUCAGAUGGUUCCAAACAAAGUGCUGAGGAAGGAGCAGCCCUUGGAUUCAAAGUGAAGAAUGCAUCUCUCUUCCCUCGUGAGGUGGAAAAGGGAAUGUGGCCGGAGCAUUACUCUCUCUCUGAUCACGCUCCUCUCACUGUUGUGUUUUCACCGGUGAAGAUGCAGUGUUCUCUGCCUAGAAGGCACUCCUUGUGACAAAUUAGUUAGAAAAACGGAAACAGAACUCACUCAAAUUUAGAUACAUGAAGAAAGAAUGAAGUUUUGUAAAAUACGUGUACAGCGCAUAGUAGCAAAUUCCGUCUUAGACUGCUAUUUUACUCGGCUUGGAGUCAGUAUGUGCAAUUUUUCAUCGCCAAAAAGAGAAACAAAGUUGUAAAGAAGUAGAGUAAAGAAGUAGUUCGUUCACGAUUCGAAUCACAAAUCAAAUCUUUUGCUACAGUAUUUUAUCUCGCAUAUAUUCACUUUGUUAACUCAAGUUCUCGACUGGAACCCGCGAAAUGAAUGUGUCGGAAGUAAUUACCUGUAUUGUACUAUGAAAAGUACUGAUUUUCAUUUUAGCCUCAGCCAUUGUUUUUCAGGCAGUGAGAGGUUUGUGAAAGAAAUGCUCAAAAUAAGAAAAGCUUUUU